ACCAAACCUUCAACUCCAACCUGCCGGUCCAACCAACUCCCAGUCUCCCACCCCUACAGUCCCCGCCAACAUUCUAUUUUCCCCUUCCCGUCUGCAAGCACGAGGAAUCCAGGUGCCAAAAACACUGCCCGAUCAAUGAAACAAAAUACGAGGUCGACAAAUCGAACAAACUUCUCGUACUUCAGAUUCGCCGUCCGCCGCCGGUGAUACCGCUUUCUCCGGAGCCUGCUUACAGAGGGAGUCAACGCAUCGCAAAUUCAGACUCCACAAGUCGAAAUUAACUGUGGGGGAGCAAAAAUAUGGGGUCUCAAGGGCAACGUGGAAGUGGGAGCAAGCCGCGAAUCGGGAGGUACGAGCUCGGAAAGCUGCUUGGGCUGGGAACUUUAGCAAAGGUCAGGUUUGCCAGGAAUACCGAGACCGGGGAGAAUGUUGCCAUCAAGAUUAUUGACAAGGAAAAGGUCCUCAAACGUCAGAUGAUCACUCAGAUUAAGCGAGAAAUAGUGACCAUGAAGCAUCUGCGACACCCAAAUGUCAUCCGUACGCACGAGGCAGAAGGGAAGCUGAGAGAAGUUGCAGCAAGGAAGUAUUUUCAGCAGCUUGUAACUGCAGUUGAUUUUUGCCACAGUAGAGGUGUAUAUCAUCGGGACCUAAAGCCUGAGAAUCUACUUCUAGAUGCUUCUCAAGUACUUAAAGUUUCCGGAUUUGGAUGGAGUGCAUUGCCUCAGCAAGUCAGUGGAGACGGGUUACUUCACACAACAUGUGGCAGCCCAAAUUAUAUUGCUCCAGAGGUACUCCACAACAAAGGUUAUGACGGAGCCAAGGCUGAUGUAUGGUCCUGUGGUGUAAUUCUUUUUGUCUUGUUGGCUGGCUACCUGCCUUUUGAUAGUAAUAACAUAGCGGUACUGUACAAAAAGUUUGUUACAGCUGAUUAUUUAAGUCCCCAUUGGUUCUCCAAUAGUGUAGCGGAACUAAUUAGAAGGAUAUUGGAUCCCAAUGCAUCUACGCGAAUCAGUACUGCUGAGAUUAUUGAAAAUGAGUGGUUUCAGAAAGAGUAUGAGCCACCUGUUUUUGAACAAGCUGAUUUUGGUCUAGAUGAUGUGGACUCCUUCUUCAAUGAUUCAUCAGACACUCGGAAUUUUGUUGUGGCUCCUAUGAAUCCUUCAGAACUGAUGUCUACAUCUCAGAGUCUUGACCUCAGUAGUCCAUUCGAGAAGCAGAUGGAACUUGGUAAACGUGAAACUGGAUUUGCAUCGAAAAGAUCCGCUAAUGACAUAAUGACACAAAUUGAAGCAGCAGCAACAUCUUUGCAUUUUGACGUGAAGAAGAAUAACUUGAAGAUGACUCUUCAAGGAGAGAAGACAGGACCUAAAUGCCACCUUUCAAUUGCAGCUGAAAUCUUUGAGGUGGCUCCUUCUCAAUACACGGUCGAGCUUCGCAAGUCUGGUGGUGACGCCCUGAAAUUCCACAAGUUUUACAGGAGCAUCUCGACUGGACUGAAGGAUGUUGUUUGGAAAACAGUGGAUGAAGAGAAGGAACAAGGGAACGUAAAGGUUGAAAGCACAAGUUGA